ACCUCAAAUGGACUCUGGGAACCAUUCUACAGACCAACCACUCCAACUAAAACAGGAGGAAGAAGACGAUGGCGUGGACGGAGGAGAAAUGCUGCGUAGGAGAAUUUCUAGCCACCCCUUAUAUGGCCUCUUACUUCAGACUCAUCUCAACUGUUUGAAGGUUGGAGGAAUUGGUGAAUUGGACCGAGGUUAUUUAGCUAUGGAUUUGAUGGAACACCGAGAAAACGAGAUCAGAUGCUUGAAUACGCUUAACCAAUCGGAGCUAGAUCGCUUCAUGGAAAGCUAUUGCUAUGCAUUGAGCAAGCUGAAAGAAGCAAUGGAGGAAUCUCAGUUAAAAUCGAUGGCAUUCAUAAACAGCAUGAACUCGCAAUUAAGGGAGCUAACGGCGACGGGUGCAGCAGCCAAGAAACCCACCGCCGCCUCAUCUUCUGCUGCUACUAGCGACACAAAGUGAAGGCAAUUAGGAAGUAGAGUACAUAACGGACAUGAGUUGUUCCCUAACCCACCCUACCUACUUGUGGAGUAUGGACCGAGGUCUCUAACAGGGAUAUGUAAGAAUGGCUGUAAUAUGAUCAGCAGCAUCUGUUUUUGACAUUAAGUAGGGUAAUUUGGCUGCGUAUCUAGACCAUAUUAAUGCUUGGG